ACACCCUGUGCUGCACCAGGUUAAAAUGCUCAGCCUCGUGCUGGUUGCUGAUCUGGUGCUACAGACAGCUCUCUCCAGCCGCCAGCAUGUCUGCUGUGGUCCUGGAGAACAGAGGCUUGGACCGAAAAUUCUCUGACUUUGGACAGGAAACGAGGUACAUUGAAGACAACUCCAGCCAAAAUAGCGCCAUCUCAUUGAUCUUCUCCCUCAAAGAAGAAGUUGGUGCAUUGGCCAAAGUCUUGCGCUUGUUUGAGGAGAAUGACAUCAAUUUGACUCACAUCGAAUCCAGACCGUCCCGUCUAAACAAAGACGAGUACGAGUUUUUCACCCACCUGGACGAGCGCAGUGUGCCUGCCCUGUCCAGCAUCAUCCAGAUCCUGAGGCAUGACAUUGGUGCCACUGUCCACGAGCUCUCUCGAGACAAGAAGAAAGACACUGUGCCUUGGUUCCCAAGGACCAUCCAGGAGCUGGACAGAUUCGCCAACCAGAUCCUCAGCUACGGGGCGGAGCUGGACGCGGACCACCCGGGCUUCAAGGAUCCCGUGUACCGAGCGAGACGGAAGUACUUUGCUGACAUUGCCUACAACUACUGCCAUGGGCAGCCCAUCCCCCAGGUGGAGUACACAGAGGAGGAGAAGGAAACGUGGGGGAUGGUUUUCAGGACCCUGAAGUCCCUGUAUAAAACCCACGCCUGCCACGAGCACAACCACAUCUUCCCACUUCUGGAAAAGUACUGCAGCUUCCGCGAGGACAACAUCCCCCAGCUGGAGGACGUUUCCCAGUUCCUGCAGACUUGUACCGGCUUCCGCCUGCGGCCCGUGGCCGGCCUGCUGUCCUCGAGAGACUUCUUGGGCGGCCUGGCCUUUAGAGUCUUCCACUGCACACAGUACAUCAGACACAGGUCCAAGCCCAUGUACACGCCCGAGCCGACGACGCUGCUGCAGCUCUGCCUGCUGUCUUCCAGGGACAUCUGCCACGAGCUGCUGGGACAUGUGCCCUUGUUUUCAGACCGCAGCUUUGCCCAAUUUUCCCAGGAGAUUGGCCUGGCCUCUCUGGGUGCCCCUGACGAGUACAUUGAGAAACUCGCAACCAUCUACUGGUUCACUGUGGAGUUUGGGCUCUGCAAACAAGGGGACUCCAUCAAGGCCUAUGGUGCUGGGCUCCUGUCAUCCUUUGGUGAAUUACAGUACUGCUUAUCUGAUAAACCAAAGCUCCUCCCGCUGGAGCUGGAGAAGAUGGCCGUCCAGCCGUACACCAUCACUGAGUUCCAGCCCCUCUACUAUGUGGCAGAGAGUUUCAGUGAUGCCAAGGAGAAAGUGAGUUCUCUCCACUGCAGGAGCCUCACCUUCCUCCAGCCCCACAGGAUCCCUCCUGCCAUUCCGAGGACCACAUUCAGAUUAUGGACUUUAGUGGAUGAUGUUACCCCACGUGGGAACUUCGCUGCCACAAUUCCCCGACCCUUCUCAGUUCACUAUGACCCCUACACCCAGAGGAUUGAGGUCCUGGACAACACCCAGCAGCUGAAGAUCUUGGCGGACUCCAUCAACAGUGAAGUUGGAAUCCUUUGCAGUGCUCUCCAGAAAAUAAAGUGAAGCUAUGGACAGAACUCGGUGUUGGCAGAAAUCUAAUUAUUUUUUUCAUCCAAAAACUCUAAAAAGAAAACUUUAAUUUGAAAUAACAGCUUUAAAGUCUUUUGGGGGAACAAAAUGGAGGAUCAACAAGUAAGGAAACUGGUCUGAAAUGAUAGUAUGUUAAUAUCUUUGUCAAAAACUAAUGAUGGAUCUUUUGUAGUCCUCUUUGAUUUAGAGAUAAUAAUUCCAUACUCUCCCUUUGGUUAAAAUAGCAAUCUGUUGCAUUUCAUCAAGGUUAAUUAAAAUUUGGGAAGGUCUGCAUUGAAGUCUCCUUUGUUACUUGCCAAAGUGGAGUACAUAUAACUAAAUGUAAAACAUAAAACUUUCACUGGAAUUGAAUUAUCUGGGUUAAUAUAAAUCUUAAUCUACAAAGUUCAUUUUCCAUUUUCAUUGACUGUGAUUCCAGUUACUGCUUUGUUAUCAUGCUUAUGUAAAUUUCCUUUAAUGUGGGAACCCAUCAUAUAGUUACAAGCAUUAAAGUUUUAUAGCGUUACACAAUA